AUGCCACUGCUAAAAAUACAGAUAGCGAGAAAUCGUGUCGGAAAGAUUUUGGUUGCUGUUCCACUCGACCUUCCCAUCCACGUCUCUGAUCUCUUCCAACUUGGACCCCAACUUUAUGACGGCGAACCGGAUCAUCCGCGGGUCGAGGCUGAGGGUUCUUCGGACGGCGGCCUGGACGGGUCCGGACGCGUCGAAGCGCAUGAUGAAGUGGUGGCCCUCGGUGUAUCGAGCCUGGUGCUUCGUGGUGGGUUUCGGCAGGCGAAAGGUGCCCCAGUUCGUGUAGCCGCGGACUACGCCGCCGGAACGCAGCACCUGGAGGCCAGCAUUACGGGCGAUUCUGUAGCAAAAAAUCAGUCGUAA